GUGGACAACACGGUUCAAUUACAAUUCUACUUAGCUUCUUUUUAUUUUACGAUUUUAGUCGUGUUAUCGCCGCUCCCAGAGUUUUCCAUACAUUCCAUAGAUGUUGUCUCGAAGAAUUCUGCAUUUUUCACAUGCUACAUGCUCAUGCAAAUUUUUAUAACAAUAUUUUUGCAAAGACAAUAAGACUCGAAAAGACUCGAUCGUGUGUGAAGGAACAACGUCAUUUGGAAAUAAUUUAUUUCAUUCAACUGAAAUGAUUGAAUACGGCUACGGACCACUGGGAAGCUUUGAAACAAUUGAACAUCCGUGAAACUAUUCCCAUUUUUAAAGAAUAGCAAAAGCAAUUUUCGGUAGAAUCUAGUUGUCUUUUGAUUUUGUCAAAUGAAAUGAGUGAACUGCCCUGUGACGAGGAGUGCGGGGGUCAGGUGGUGAUAAAUGCCAGAGGGACACCCCCAUUAAUGAGACCCGCACCUUUCUGGCGUGGUCCAGCUGUUCACAACGCCAAAAUUGUUAAUCUCACGAUGAGAGAUUUCUCUGGAAAAUAUCUGGCUCUCGUUUUCUAUCCGUAUGACUUUACCAUAAUCUGUCCAACCGAGUUGAUACAAUUCAACGAUAGAAUCGAGGAGUUUCAAGACCUGGACUGCGAAGUCGUGGCGAUAUCCACGGAUUCUCAAUACACGCACCUCGCGUGGGUGACGACCCCCAGGAAGCAGGGGGGGCUGGGAGGAAUGAGUAUUCCGAUUCUCUCCGACAAAAACCAGAAGAUAUCAAGACGCUAUGGGGUUCUCGACGAACAACUGGGUGUUGCCUCGAAAGCUGUUUUUAUAAUCGACAAACAGCAGAAGCUCAGACACAUGUCAAUAACUGAUAUGGCGUUACCCAGGUCUGUUGAUGAGGUGCUCAGGGUGAUCGAGGCUUGUCAAUUCGUCGAUAAAUACGGAACAGUAUGCCCCAUGCGCUCAACAAAUUUGGAAACCGAGGAACUCGCGCCCAAACUCGAGGACAAUGAAUAGGAAUAGUUUCACCGCUGCUCAAUUCAAUUCGAAACUGAGAAAAAAAUGUUAUUUCUGUCAAAUAAAUAUACGAGUAAAAUGUGUAUCUUCAA